AUGGGUAUAUCCAGGGAUUCCAUGCACAAGAGACGUUCCACUGGAGGCAAGAAGAAGGCCUGGAGGAAGAAACGAAAGUACGAACUCGGUCGCCAGCCCGGGAAUACGAAGCUUUCGAGCAACAAAACCGUGAGGAGAAUCCGUACCAGAGAAGGUAAUACCGGUGCAGCCAAGUUGGCCAUUCAAAAGAAUGGUUUUGCCCUUCUACGUUACUCUGACGCUUCGAAGGUGCAAUUUGAAGAUUACUCAAAUGUCAAUGAAAGGGGCAUUAUUAGUGAUAACGAAAAUGUUUCAUGUCGAGGACGAUUUAAUUCAAGUGGCGGUGGUGGCACUUGUGAUAGUGGUUCAUGGGAUCGUGCAAUUAACGGGAACAUUGAAGAUUUUUGGUCGUGA